CCUUGUGGUUAAGCUGUUGACAUUUUGUAUUCGUUUGAUUUGGGUAAUAAUAAUUUACAUGUUACCCGUUGAAAGAGCUCUCAAGGGAACAAAUGGGCCAAAUUGGAUAGGGUAAUGGUGAACUGUGAAUGGGAGGCUCUACAGUGGGAUUGUUGGGCUGAAUUUAAGCCCAUGGAGUUCCAAUCUGACCACUGUCCUGUUCUGCUCCACCUCAUCCAAUCUUCCACCAGAGGCCCUAAACCCUUCAAAUUCUUCAACAUGUGGCUUAAACAUGAUUCCUUUGAUAAUACCUUGAAGCAUGUAUGGGACAUGAGGAUUAAUGGUACUAGACAGUUUAAACUCUACAGAAAACUUAAGUUGCUGAAACAUCCUCUCAAACAUUUGAACAACAAGGAUUUUGCACAUAUCUCUUCCAGGGCUGAGGAGGCUAGAAAAUCCUAUACUGAUCUCAUGGAUAAGCUUUACAAGGACCCUGAUAACUUGGAGCUACUCCAGCUUGUUGCCAUUACCAGGAAGAAAGCCUCUUUCUACUCUGAUGCAGAAAGAUCCUUUUUUCAACAAAAGGUGAAGUGUAACUUUAUUAAUGAAGGGGAUAAAUGCACAAAAUUCUUCCAUGCAAUGGUGAAGAAGCAAAGUGUGUUGAAUGCCAUCCCUGUUUUGAUUACAUCCCAAGGUACUACUACUACUUCUUUGGAGGCUAUUGUUGAGGAAUUCAUUGGCUACUACAGGCAGAUUUUUGGUAAUACAGUACCUACUACCCUAGUGGAUUGGAAUGUCUUUAUAGAGGGCCCCGUGAUCCAACACCAGGAUGCAACUGAGUUGGUGAGAAAUGUGGAUAGAACUGAAGUCAAAGAAGCCCUAUUCAGCAUUGGUGAUGAUAAGGCCCCAGGCCCUGAUGGUUAUACAGCUGCCUUCUUCAAGAAGAAAUGGGAUAUUGUUGGUGAUACUGUUUUUGAUGCUGUUUCUGAGUUCUUUUUGAGUGGGAGACUCCU